UCGAACCGUACGGUCUCGAUGCCAGUCGCGCUCCUGCACUUCUACGACACCGAACUGUUGAUUCGCGUUCUUCUCGUCCAUCUACGUGUUCGUGUGUCGUAUAUAUGUUCGUGUGUACACAAUCCUGUCUACCGAACGCGCCCACGGUGUAAACACUUUCUAUUCUGACCUCGCUCGGUUGAUCGAAACGUGGGCGACGACCAGAGAAGCUAGAAUAACCAGGAAAAAGUGACACGCACCGUUAAGUGGUAUCGUAUAUGUUUUGUCCGCGGUUCGAUUGCGAGAGAUCGAGCUAUGAAAAUGACAGUGAACUUUAGUGAUCAAAUGGACAGUCGUACGAUCGAAUUUCAAGUGAUUCAAAAUUGUAUUUACUCGCGAUAUACACGCGAAUAGUGUAAAUAGUUACGAGUUAUUGUCGAGAAAAUUACAGAAACGGAAAUAUUGGCGUGUAAUUUGGUGGUUGGUUAUCGGUGUGCUAGUAUACGACAAAAGAAUAUAUUUCCGUAUGAAGGAUUUUUUUCCCGCGCGUUUUUCGAUCAAAGUAAAAAUAAGUGCACAAAUAUCGCUUAUGAUACGCUCGUAUUUUUACGCGGCGUGUGCCGACUUCUACGGAGUCGAAUUUAAUCGUACGCUUUAUCGAGGUGUCUAACGUUUCGAGGAUCAGCAUAGCCUCGUAAAGGGUGCAACAGGACACUCGUCGCGUUAGGUUAGGUCGGUGCGUCAAGAUCGAACUGGUUCCCCUACUGCGGAGUUGAAAGGAUACGUGUUUCGUAGAGGUUUAAAACGUAAUCGAGGAUACAGUAGGCGGUUAUGAUGGGUGUAUUGAGAUGGAGGCACGAUCUCAGAUCGGAUGCCGGCCAACAGCAGCAACAACGGCCUAAUACCGAACGGUCUUCGACAGGACAUAGCAAUCAUGCGCACGCGCAUACGCAUACACUGCCGAAACUAAUAUCACAGGUCAGGGAAGAUUGGUUAUCAUUCCGAUCAAAUCCGAUCAGAGUUUUUAUCGUCGACAGAUGUCGAUUUAUGAAAGGAAAAUAUCGUACGGCUUACUGGCUACCUUUUCAUUUUAUGAAUGGAACAUAUGUUCACGAGAGAAAACUAUUUCAGUAAGAAUCAUCAUUGUGAAGUGAUAGUUU